AUAAAUAGAUUGCCAGUCUCACGAAUCCGAUCAGUUUUCACCACGAGCUGUCCAGACUCUCGACAAAUAGUUUUUGAACAUUCCAAAUCACAGUCAACAUGGCACCAAUCGCUACUUUGAGCUGCAAAGAAUCAUUCACCAUCUCACACUAUCUCAACAGCCCGCUCUUAAGCAAUACUGCCAAUAAGAGAGUGUACGGGGAAUGUAACAAUCCAGCUGUGCAUUCGCAUGAAUAUACAGUUGAGGUGAUCACCCGUGGCACAGUUGACACUAGCAUUGGCACGGUUAUGAGCCUAUCUGAUCUCAAAUCUCUUCUUAAAUCAACCGUUGCCAAUAAAUUGCACGGCAGAAAUCUUGACUAUGAAAUCAACUUCUUUAGAACAGUACCAAGCACCAUGGAAAAUCUGGCAAUAUUCAUUUGGCAAUCGAUGAAGCAAGAUUUGGACGAACCCGAAUUGCUGUACGAGGUAAAGUUGACCGAUAACGAGCAAAACUGUGUGGUUUACAAUGGAAGUGGUGGCUAUGUUCAGCGAAAAGGUCAAACUCUGCUAACAUCUGACACAGAUUAAUCGAAACCAUUUAAAAUCGCUCUUGAUAAGCGAUUGAAAUUGGUUAAAUUAGAAAAAAAAACUUUGAAAUGUAUUUGCAAGUGAAAACCAGGCACGUAGCAAAUGUUACACCCAUCAUAAUUUCGAAGAUGACCGAUAAGGGCGCUUAUGCAAUCACUGUUUGCAUAUUUUAUUUUGUUCAAAAUAAAUUGGUUGGAAGAAUGUAACAAAAACAACGGGAAAAAUGUAAUCUAACAACGUUUUUAUCAAUUUGAAUAAAUAAAUGGAUGAGAAAUCAUAAA